CUAGUUGCAUCAUUGAAGAUGAAACAUUGGAUACUUUUAAGUGGAUUUAUGAAACACUGCUUGAGGAAACUAGUGUCAUUUCUAUGAUUUACAAACAAUUUACUGAAGGGAUACAAAGCACACAGAGAGUCGAAUCUAUUAAUAUGCAUAUACACAAAAAAGUUGAUCAUGCAACCUCACUGUAUAAUUUAUUAAUUAAUCUUAAAGAUUAUGAAAAUCAAGAAGAACAUUUGAUGAAAUUUGAGAUUCAGCGCAAUAUGCUUCCAUCUGUUGGUUUACCAAUGUUAAAUAGCUGUUUUUUCAGUCAAGUUAAUGAUAUAUUAAAGAAAUUUCUUACACCGAUUAUGCUUGGUAAACAGAGGGAUCAAAUGAAUGCAAGUGUCUGCUAUGAUUUUAUACAAGUUUAUAAUUGGCAUAGUUUAAUUGAGAAAGACAUUAAUAAUGAAGAAAUCGGGCUUUGGAUUAGAGAACAGGAUUAUGACACAAGACAAAUUUUAUUUACAUUUUUAAUUGAAUUAAUAUCAGAAGAAAUGAUUACUCAAGUCUGGCAUGUUUGUGCUACUGGAACUAUAGGGCAUGAUCCUAAUAUUACUCCAAAUGACCUUUUUCUUCAAAUGCCUGCGAUUUCUAUUUCUGUGCCUGUUCAACAAGAACCUAUGCCAUCCAAGACAAUUUAUGCGGAACUAUUUGGAUUAUCCAAAAAAGUAGUUGAUGUUGCGAUUAAAGCUAAUGCUUACAAAGAAUUAUCUGAGGUUUUAAAAAACUUUCUUUGUGAAACACAAAGCAAAGUAAAUGAUCAGCAACAAGAUAUAGAUAGUAUUAAUGUUAUUAAUUCAUCUAUCACAAAACACAAAAAACGUCCUCCUAAAAGAUUUAAAUCUGCCGUUGAGUCUAAAGGAAAGUAUCCAUUAAAAAAUAGUACACAACUUAAUAUAGUUAAUAAAAAUCCUAAUGAAAAUAAAAAGGGUUUAGAUUUUAAUAAAGGUCAGAAGUACAGUAAAUGUGGUCAAGCAGGUCAUUAUGCUAAAACUUGUACAAAAAAUGAAUAA